AUGCUGCUAUCAACUUGUGUACAUAGUGAGUCUAACUGCAAGAUAGACGGUGUGAAACGCAAUGUUGCCUUUAAAGGCGAUGCUGCGAUGGAAGAAAAGGGCGCAGGAAAGAUUAAAACAAUGAAAAUCACGAACAGAUCAAGAUCGGCCCCUGUGAAAAGAGCAGCCAGCGGUAAAGAAGAAAAGGGUGGGAAUUCCUCAAACCCGAAACUCUGUUGGCAGAAAAAACGUAAAGACCCAUUCGAAAAUGUCCCGACUUCUUUGGAAAUCGCAGCAGACGAAUUCAGUUCCGCCCGCAGCCCGGGUCUGUCAGCCACCAAACUCUUGACACGUGUCAAUCACAUGCUUCCCUCUGACCUCAUUAGAAUCGGGGCCAAUGUCAAGUCUCGAUGGCGGGAAAAAUGGAAGGAGGAAAAGAAGCGACAACGAAGAGAACUGAGGGAGAAGCAACUGAAUGCGUUAAAGCCGAAACGUGAUGGCAAAACGCCUCUCCAGCGUUUCCGGCGAGCAGCACGUAUUGUGAAGAUGUUAUGUGCCGUGAACAUUGCCCUGAGCCGCUACGCUCUGGACGCCGGCCUUGACCUCUCCGCCUUCCGUAGUAACUUCUCCACGCGGCGGAAAGUUCAGAGAGACGAGGACGGCGCUGAGGUCGUGGAGGAGCUGAACUUUGACCCGGACGAAUUUAAGUCACAUUACGAGUUUACGUGGCCCGAGAGCGCUCGGCUUAUUCUGGAAAAGAAGCCCUGGGAAAGGACAGACGACGAUAUCUACCAGAUCCUGCGAUUGAUGCGGACACUGUCGUCUUUCAGGAAGUACACCCAUGAAAUGCAGACGCUCAUGGCGAAGACAGUGCGCUAUGCCAAAUAUGGAAGACACCGCGUCAUCCUUCGAAAGGGUCACAUUGGAUUCUCCUUCUACUUUAUCUUCUCCGGAAGUGCCAGCGUCACCUUGGAACAGGCGGGCACCAGUAUCUUCUCCAGACCCGUCGUCAUACGCAUGCAGAAAGGGGACUGCUUUGGGGAAAAGGCCUUAGUGAAGGACGUGCCCCGCCUGGCCACGGUGGUCGUAGAGGAGGACAUCGAGUGUAUUGUGCUGGACAAGGGCGAGUUCAUAGAACACGGACUGCUGGAACACAUGGAGAAAGAGAUGGCCAUCACCGCGGACUUUCUCAAGAAUUCGGAGCUGUUUACCGGGUGGAAGCCGUGUGCGGUGGAGGAGUUGAGUCAGUACUGUAUGGUGGUAGAGCACUUACACGACAGAGUGGUCGUCAAGGACGCACGGGAGAACGAGUUCCUUCUCUUCGUGACGAAGGGAAGCUGUGACGUCCUGAAGCUGGUAGAUCUGGCCAGGUGCAGGCAGUUCCAGAAGUUGGUCUACGGGAACGCCAUGCCGCUGCAAGAGACGCCAGUGACGUUGGUCUCCACUCCCUCUGAACCUACCAUGUACGACAUCCUGCUGGAGACGCCGACAGCGUCCGGGAUUUACAUUCCUACUAUUCAACAGCCAAAUGAAUCGCACACCAGUUUGAGGUCACGUGGCUCUCUGACGUCAGCAUCGCUGACCACGCCGUCUCUCAUGAAGCGCCCUCACCCCACCAGCCUAUCAGACCGUCCUCAGCUGUGCUUGCUGCCGAGGUUGUCGGAGUGCAAGGAUCUCAGCCAGCACUCCGGACUACGUCCGCCUCCAGAGACGAGCUCAGCGUCCCGAUCUGUGAGACACCUAGCGGCACAGGAGAGCCAAAGGGACAGCGGGUUUACCAGCGCACCGCCUGGCGUGUUCCUGCGGGUGGACACACUCAAACCCGGAGACUACUUUGGUCUCGAGUCUCUGACGAAGCCCACGUGUCACGUGUCAGUGGUCAGUAAAGGGACAACGGUCAUUUUAGUUCCAAAGACAAAAUUCCUAGAACUGGCCAACCCAAAAACUCUACAGAAACUCCAGAAAAUCGAACACGUGUAUCCGAGCGACGACGAGCUCUGUCGGAAAUUUCUGGCCAUAAAUGAGUGGCAGAACUACAAGCACAAGCUCAUGAUAUACCUGCUACAACAGAUGCAUCGGGCGAAGACUCGAAAUUUGAUGCGCGAGACGACGCCGGACUUGACCGAAUCCAGUGUUGGCGAGACGAUAACCACGACCCCUUGGGCAGAAGGAUCAGGGCGAAGAAUGUCAAGGUCUUCAGCGUGGUCCAGGAACUCUGACGCCAUCUCGACUCCGACAUCAGAUAAAAAACAGUACAGCAGGUUAACUACGCCGGCACCCAGGCUUCACAGACACUCAAAAUCUGCAGGUGGUACGCUGCAGAGUUUAAGAUCACAAGGUCAAGGUGAAGGUCAGAUGCGACCUCCUUCCAAAAGUAGGGCCAAAACAUGUGGUUUGUACAGGGUAGAGAAGAGUAACGUGUUUGCCCAAGGGAGCGAAGAUAAACUGCAGCUAAUUAAUAAGAUACAUGUGCCUCUCAACAUGAAGCGUUUGGCAAAGAGUGCCAGGUGAGGCAGACCUAUGACGUCAUGGUUUAUGAGUGACGUCAUUUAAUAUUUAAGUGACUGACGUCAUAGUGUCUAUGUACGUAUGGCUUGCGAAAUUAGAAAUUUGACCUGAUCACAAUCAAGUCAUACAAACCGGCAUGUGGUACUGAAUGACGAAAGUUACAAAUUGUGGUCAGUAUGUGCAUAUAUGUACAAUCUGAUGUCAGUAUGGCGUGAGGAAAACUGAAAAUAGAUGAUACAAUAAAACUA